AUGAAUAGCACCUUAAGUUCAGAAGAUUUGGAUAGCGAUAUAAGAAUAUAACAAGUCUAAUAAACUGCUCCUGAUGCUGUGCAAUUUUACAUCACAGAAGAGUAUGAGAAUAUCAAUAUGCUUAUUAGGCUUUUCAAUAAUGAUCCAUAUGAUAUUAUAUAAUAAAAGGUAGCAACAUUUCAACCGAUUCAAUCUAAGGAUGACUCUAGAUGUGAUCAAGCAUAAAAAGAUGGUGGAAAGAAAUUCGAAGAUAAAAAGCAAAUCAAGUGUAUGAGAUCUGUAGGCACCUAUGUGAUUUAGCAAAUUGGACGUAAAAUAUUAUCUGGAGACAUGAAUCUCACUAAAAUCAGUUUUCCAAUUAAGGCGAUGAUUGCCAAAUCGGCUUUAGAGAAAAAUUUAUAAUCUACCAUAUUCUUUCCUUUGUAUAUUAACCGAGCCGUUCAAACAGUAGAUUUUAUGGAGUAGUUGAAAUUGGUCAUAACUGCUACCAUAGCUACAUUCCACAUAAACUUGAGUUUCCACAAACCUUUAAAUCCUAUCCUGGGAGAAACUGUUGAAGGGUUCUUGUCAGACGGAACAAAGUUAUAUGCAGAGUAAAUUAGUCAUCAUCCGCCGAUUAGCUAAUUCUACGGUGUUGGUAGAGACAAUUCGUAUAAAUACUUUGGGUAUCACCUUUGUAUAUGAUUAGAAAUUAUUGUUACGAAGCCUCAGCUGGACUCAACUCUAUCACUCUCAAGAAUAAGGGUAAAAGAACCAUAAUAUUCAAUGGAGGCCAGAGAAUUGACUAUAAUUUUGCCUAUGAACUUUAUAGUGGAACUAUCAUGGGUUCAAUGAAAGUUGAAGUAUGACUAUUAGUAAUUCAUUAAGACUCUCGGUGUUUCUACUUAUUAGACAAAUAAAGGAUUGACUGCAACUUUAAAAUUUGGAAAAGUUAAAAGAAAACCCACUGAUUAUUUUGAAGGAUCGAUCAAUAUGGGCUAAUAAGAAUUGAGUAAAAUAUUUGGUACUUACAUGGGAUACAUAGAGUUUGAUGGAGUGCGAUAUUGGGAUCAUAGACAUAUGGUAUAAAAUAAUAAAUCAUACUUAGUAACCACAUUAAGUAACCAUCAAGCCUCCAUUUCUACCAUCUGAUGCAUAACUAAGAGGGGAUUAUACAAAUUUAGCAGCUUUGGAUAUCGAUAAAGCAUAAAUAGAAAAAGAGAAUUUAGAAAAUCUUUAAAGACACGAUGCUAAAUUAAGAACCAAAUUCAAAGAGAUCAGAAGAAAAAAGGAAGAGAAAAAAAAAUAACAUGAUCAUGAUUGAUAAUUACUAUUCAUAAAUCAAUAGAG